CGGACAGCGGCUAGCCGCCUUCAAAAAUGGCGUCUCCGGAGGAAAAUGAGUAAAAAAUAUUAAAACGCGGCCUGAUUCCUUCACGCUUCCUCGGCUUGUAUGUAUAUUCGUAUUAUAGCGGGAUUCUUUCCAGUGUAAGCAACCUCGUCAUCGCUUUUACUUGAAUGGCCGUAAAAGAAAAAAAGAGGAGCGCAUAUUUGGGGAAAUAAAAGCAGCCCAAUGUUAUUUUGAUGCGUCGUUACUGACAGCUAGCAUCUGCUGCUAGCCCACAGCUCUGCUCCUGAGGGGGGUGGGAACGAUUUGCAUGCAAAGGAAAAAAAGAGAUUUUUAAAUUGGGGAUUUCUUCGCACAUGGGGAAUGAUUGCUACCAACGUGGCCCGUCGAUAGCUAUCUUUUCUAGAGCUAGCAGCGUAGCCAAAACUAGCCCAAAGAAAGGGGAGGAGAGACGGUGAAAAAGGACGCAUUCAAGUCAAAUGUUUAAAAGCAAUUUGCCCAUCACCGACCAAAUCCGUGGCAUCUUCAUCAUGGCCGUGACUGAUUUUAGACCAAAUCUGCAUUCGAGGAAAUGAUAAAGGUGAAAGGCACAGGAAAAGGAGAAAGACUGGCUUUUUUUGGAGGUGGUUGGAUUAUAACCCCGUAGACCCCCCUCUUUUUUUCAUCCAGCUUUCUCCUCCUCCCCACCAUUUCUCUUUCAAUAUGCUGUUUUCCACUCCUGGGGACUUGCUUAUGAAACCGGGGAAAAUCGCCUGAAAACGAGAACGGGAGAGAUUGGAUUUUUUUCCGUAUUGUACCCUGCGACGUUCUCGUUGCUUUCAUCCUCAUCGCACGCACUGUACAACACAUAAAUGGAUAGAAAUUACCCGGGAACAGGAUUUGGAGAUUUGGGCGCAGGAGCAGGAUGGAGUUACGACAGAACGGCAAAAGCAAGUCUUGUAUAUGGGAGUUCCAGAUCAUCCCACCCUGAGUCUGAGCUCCUUCACCGACAAGCCUACGCCACCCCACACCCUCUGCAGGGCUAUGCCACCAAUCACCACCCAGGGAGCUCUGGCCAAGGCGGGGCUUGGGGAGCAGCUGGACGGAGUUUGGGUCUUUCUGGACUUUUUGACACCGGCCUGCAUCAUGCCAGCCCCUCUGCCCCUGAUGCUUCGGUCAUGAAUCUGAUCUCGGCCCUUGAGUCUCGAGGUCCCCAGCCUCCGCCCUCAGCCUCCUCUCUUCUUUCCCAGUUCCGCACGCCAUCAUGGCAGACAGCAAUGCACACGCCUGCUCCUCCUGAACUGUUCAUCUCUGGAGCCCUUCCAGGCUCUGGAUCCUUCCCUUCCUCUUCAGCUCUGUCAGCCUAUCAACAUCCAGCAUCCUUCUCCAGUCGCUCUUUCCCUGCAGCUUCCCUUUCACUUCAGGACACACCCACAUUUAGUCCUACAUCCAAUGGUCUUCUCUCCCCACAUGAUCCCUUAAUACACAUCAAAGCCCCAUCCCAGUCAAGCCUGGGUUUUGACAGACUCCUGUCGUCACAAGGUGCUGCUGCCUACAGGGGCAGCCAAGAUCCCACAGGUGCCACAUCAGCCCAGGCGUCCUCUGCCAGGCACCUGCAGUCACACCAGUUCAAUCUGCUGUCAUCACAGCUACAGGAUCAGUCCUCUCAGCUGUAUAAUCCAUCAGUAUUUUCCUCUGCCCAGCCCCAGACUCAGUCCCAGUCGCAGUCCAACUCGGCUCAGGAGAGGGCCGUACCCCGGCAGGACAGCGUUAUCAAGCACUACCAGCGGCCCACGCCAGCUCAGUCACAGCUUUCGUCCUCGGCUGCCCACUCUCUUCAGCACUACCUCAGCUGUGGAGGGGCGGGGUACCAGCAGAUUGCCACCCACCACAGGCAUGCUGGACUUUCUUGCAGCCCGCUAGGUGACCAGAGCCCCUCAUCUGACCACAAGCCCACCUCUCGCACUGAGCAGUAUCGGCCAAUCAUUCAGCCUCCAUACUCUUCGUCGUCCUCCUCUUCUUCUUCAUCAGCAGGAAAAGGAACCAAAAGUAGUUCCAGCAGUGGUUAUUCUUCUGGGAGUUCUGCAUCAUCCUCAAGAACUCCUCACACACCCCCUUCUGCUUCCUCUACCUCCUCUUCCUCCUCAUCUUCUUCUUCGGCCCCUUCUGGAGCUCAUCCUUCCAAUUCGAUUCCCACCUCCAGCUCCACUGCAGCUCCGUCUAGGCAGCAACCACCCCCUCAGCCAGCUCCCCCUCCCCCUGCCCCUCAGCAGCAGCAGCCUCCAGCCACUUCCACUUCAGCUCCCCAGUCUCUCCCUAAAUCCUGCCUGUCUGGCUACGGUUCUCCUGUGCCCCCUGUAAAGACCCCUACCUCUGCUCUUACUGGACAGACUCCACCCCAACAACAGACACAGUCAUAUUCCCCUAAUCAGCCCCCUACAUCCCACUUGUCUCAGUCAUAUGGAGGUUUCAGUUCGCCUCAGGCCCAAGACCUGAGCUCUGGUACUGGUGGGAAAGGCUAUGGGAGUUUAGGUGGCCGAAGCCAGUCAUACUCCACUGACAUAUAUGGAACAGAUUCUGCUUAUGGAUCACUUCCAUCCUCUCUUGGUGGAGCUGGGAGUCCAUCAUUAGGCUAUGGAGCCCCAGGUCACUCACCUGCCCUUUUAAGAUCAAGUGGUUCAUCAGGUAGUGGAACAUCUGGGGGAGGAAGCAGCAGCGGCACAGGGAGUGGGAACUCUGGGUCAGGAGGAGGAGCUGGAAAUAGUCUGACCAAUGAGCGAGGUGGAGGAGGAAGUGGUGGAGGCUCUUAUCAUAUUCCAGACUCCAGCCCUUCUCCAUCAGGCAACUCUGGCAUCAUCCGUCCAGGUUUGCACUCCCCCGUGCCCACCUGCCCUACUCAGUCUCCAGGAGGUGCAGGCACAAAUAAAUACAUUUCCUCAGUUCUCUCACCCACAUUUCUGUCGUCACCCCAAGGCUUCCCUGACACCAGAGGCCCCAGUUCCCAGCCUCAAUCAUAUCAUUCCACCUCCUCUAAAACAAAGGCUGAUACUUCCAUGUUAGGAGUGGGCUCUCAGAGAUCCCAAGAGGAAGUUGAUGAUGACGAUGAGUUCUUGAUUCAGCACCUUUUACAAGCCCAAGCAAGUCCUGCUCCUCAGGCUGCUCAUCACCAUCCUCAACAACAGCCCCAACAGACAUCUCAACAAACUCAGCCUCAGCCCCAGUCAGUACCCCCAACCACUGAUUCAGGGAAAGGGAUGAGUUAUGACAUGGGUAAGACUUCUGAAGAAAGGUACCACCCACAGAGUGUAAUUCGUACCCACAGUGCCACAUCCACUGCUGGAGUAGGAAAUGCAGCUUCUGGAGGGUCCAUAUCAGGGCUGGACAACCAGCUGGAGAUGACACUAAAGAAACAGCAGCAGCAUCAGCAGCACCAUCAUCAGCAGCAACAACAGCAGCAAAGGAAUGAGAGAUCUGUUGGCAACAGCAGAAGCAGUGGUGGCAGAGGCAGUGCUGAACAAGUGCACUCCCACCUCCAUCACCAUGACAACCUUGGCUCUGUUGUGCAUUAUGGUCGUGGUGACCCAUACACUCAGCACUCCCUUGCUCCUCAACACUCUUCACACAGUCAACACGUGUCCUCACACUCGCAGAUUCCACCUCACACCCAGAUGGAACUCCAAAAGAAGCCACAAGAGCGUGCAGAAAUCCCCUAUCCUCGGAAAACACCAGAACUUCAGCAACAGCAUUCCCAGUCUCAAGCUGCCGCAUCCCUCAUGGACUCUCCUACUGAUCAGUCCCGUCAGCCGCCGCACCUGCUUCAGUCAGUGCUAUCCCACACCACCCGAAACAAGUUGGAGCCUCAUCAACAGCACCACAAGAUGGACUCUCACCAACAGCAUCAACAGCAGCACCACAAAUUGGACUCGCAUCGCCAACACCAACAGCAUCACAAAAUGGAUUCCCACCAACAACAUCAACAACAUCCAAAAAUGGAUUCCCAUCCUCAGCACCAACACCAGAAGAUGGACUCCCAUCAGCAUCAGCAGCACCACAAAAUUGAUUCUCACUCACAACAUCAACAGCACCAUAAGAUGGACUCUCAUCCCCAACAGCAGCAGCACUCUAUGAGCCAGCAACAAGCUGUGAUGGAAAGUGCUGGUGGGAGACUUGGCUCAAGUAAACACCAGUCUCAGUCUCAAGCCACCCAGCUCCAGCUUCAGUUACAGUCUCAAGCUUUAGAAGUGGCAGCGGCUCACUACAACCACGGGCCACAUCAGCAUGAAUCGAGCCAAGUUAAACAGAGUUCAGUGGUCUCAUCUUUGGACAUGCUGGAGCGCUCCCUUUCUCAGACCUCCAGCACAGAUGUUGGUGUUGCAGAAGACAGGCGAAGUGGACCAGGCAGUGCAGGAAGGAGUGGUGGUAGCAGUGAGCGCCACAGGCAACAGCAGGAGCCCCAGAGGCAACACCCACCCCAUCAUCAGCCACAGCAAACUCACCACCCACAGCAACACUCGGCCUCCGAACUCCACUCCUUCCUCACUGAGCCUGAUAUUGGCUUAUCUACCCCAUCCCACAUGCACCAUCUUUCACAGCAUCAUGCACAGCAGCAACAACAGCAGCACCCCUCAUCACAACACCAACAAACUCACUCCCACCACCCUCAUACCCAAGCCCACCCACAACAGCAGCCUCCUCACCCUCACCAUAUACCCCCACCUUCUGCAUCAGCCCACCCCCAGCCUCAGCCUGACCCACAGCAACCCCUUUCAAGCCAGCUCACCCCUCAGCAGAGCCAGCUGGACCAACAGCGUUCAGAGCAGCACCAGUUUGACACUGUCAGCCCAGUGGAAAAAGCAGAUCAGAAUCAACAAAGUAACCGCUUUGUUCCCUUAACUUCUAUCUGCUUCCCGGACUCCCUCCUCCAAGAUGAGGAUCGCUCUUUUUUCCCAGGAAUGGAGGACAUGUUUUGUGCAGACGACUACAAAUCGAGCUGUGCAGGGGGUGCAGGACCAGGGCAAGAGGAGAUGAAUGAAGGCCAUGCUGGUCAAGAUGGAUUAGAUUCCAUGAAAGCUGGACAGAGUGCUGGAGGAGCUGGGGCAAGUAGUGGACCGAGCUAUGACAUUAUGGGUCAUCAUGGAGGAGAUCAGGGUUAUGAACCAUACUGUCAUGGCCUGGAAGAACCCAGCAACAACACCAUGACUCUGGAUCUAGACUCUCUUAAAACACAUGAGCUUCCUUCUACGGUCAACACUGAGCAGCUUGGUUUGAUACAGUCCCAGGGACCAGCAAUGGGUAUGGGCUCUGGUACAACUGGUCCCAACAACUCUGGAGCUAAACUGUCAUCUGGACCUGGAGGAACUAGCUCAGGAACAGGUUCUGGAGGCCUUCAGUCUCCGAUUUUCUGCUCAUCUCGUCCUAAGAAGCUCCUCAAAUCCAGCUCUUUCCAUCUGCUAAAGGAGCGCAGGGACCCCAACACGCUGCCUAAAAAAAGUUAUGCUCAAGAAUAUGAGUUUGAAGAUGAUGAAGAUAAAGCUGAUCAGCCAGCUGACAUUCGACUGAACAGCCGCAGGCUGCCUGACCUAUUACCAGAUUUGGUGUCCAGCUGUAGAAAGGGAGGUGGAGGUGGUUCACUCAGCCCUCUGAUGGACAUUGAUUUUUACCACUCUUCUGGCUAUUCAUCAAUGGGUUCACACUCUAUUCUGCCUCCAGAUGGACCCAAGAAGAGAGGUCGAAAGCCCACUAGGCCGAAAAGAGAGGGCCCCCCAAGGCCAAGAGGCAGACCUCGUAUUCGCCCUAUGCCUGAACCUUACACACCACGAGGCAUGCUGGGGGAUAUAAGUGGAACAACAGUUGGAGGGGGUUUCAGUGUGGAGGGCCGAGGAAGGGGUAGGGGCCGUGGAAGCCGAGGUAGAGGAGGAAGGAGAGAGGAUAUGUACAUGGAAAUGAGUGGAAAGGAGCAGGAUCAAAUGCACUCCCAUCACCUCCAUCAGCAGCAGUCACAGCAGCUCCAUCACCAGCCGCAGCAGCAGCAUGAGCCCAUCCCACCUCUCAAGAUCAAGUUACCAAUUGGUACCCUGUCCUCCUCUGACGCCUUGCUGAGGACAGACUCUUUAUCUGGCACCGACCCUGCUUUGUCAGACGGCUCAGUUGGCUCAGCCCCUUCGCUUGGUUUAAGUCCUGGACCCCCUUGCAGCACCGAGAGUAACAGAAGCCAGGACAAGAACAAACAAAAAAGCCAGAUGAUGAGCGAAGGCGUGGAUGAAGAAGGACUGGAGGAAAGGGUGGAUGAGAAGGACUCUGAGUCUAAAGCAGGUUUUGUAGCCUCAUUUUUGGACUUCCUCAAGACGGGAAAGAGACCUCCAGGUUUGGACAUCUCACCAGGGAUGGAACCUGACAAUGGUGAAACAUCACCCUGUAAAUCAGGGGGUCUACGUCCACUGUCUCCUGCCCCACCUCCUCCACCACAACCACCUCCAUUUGGGGAUGGUGAGGGGAAUGGAGGUUUGGCUUUGGGCAACUGCCCCAGCCCCAAGCGUUUAGAAGAUGAGCUAAAGAGGAACCUGGAGACUUUGCCAUCUUUCUCCUCGGAUGAGGAAGAUUCAGUUGGAAAGAACCAGGACCUCCAGAAGAGCAUUUCCUCAGCCAUUUCUGCUUUGUAUGAUACUCCUCAGCUAACUUCUAACAUCCAGCCCCCGUUACCUCCUCCACCUCCCCAGCCUCAGACUCAGCUCGCUCAGGCCCCUCUUACCCCUACAAUGCAGCCACCUGCACUUAGUCCCCAGCAGAAUGUACAUACCCCCCAUGCACAACCCCAGUCUAAUGAACCAGAUGUCCUUCAGUCAGAAGAUGGAGACAUGGAAGAGAACAAGGAUGAUGAAAGAAGCACAGGAGGGGAUGAAGAGAGUGAUAUGACAGAGGAGAAGGAACCUCAGCUGGAAACCCUUUGUGUUCCUAAGGUCGAUGCUCCUCUACCUGAGAUUUCACCAGAGCCAGCAACUCCUGAACCUUCCUCUGCCCCUCCAUCUCCUGGCUCAUCCUCUUCUCCUUCUCAUUCCCCACUUCCUCCCCUCUCACUUCCCUCACCCCUACCCCCACCAGAGGAACAACUGGAGGACUCCCAGCCUCCAAGUCCUGAAGCUCCCAGAACACCUUCUCCUCCACCUCCUCCACCUGCUACUGUUCCUGAGCCUGUAACUCCCCCUCCAGCCUCCCCUCCUCCCCCACCCGCAACUCAGAAGGAGUCUCCCAUGCCAUCCCCGGAGUCCCCUGCCUCUCCUGAAGAGCCUCUGGCUCCUAAGAUCACAUCACUGCACCUUGCCCAAAAGCAAGAAGAUGCAGCCAUUGUUGGAGAGAGCGAGGAGGAUGAGAGCGAGAGCGGAGGUGAAGGCAUCUUCCGAGAGAGGGAUGAGUUUGUAGUGCGAGUGGAAGACAUUCGAACUCUCAAGCUGGCUCUGCAGACAGGCCGUGAGCCUCCACCCAUCUGGAGGGUGCAGAAAGCUCUGCUGCAGAAGUUCAGCCCAGAGAUCAAAGAUGGGCAGAGACAGUUCUGUGCCACAAGCAAUUACCUUGGCUACUUUGGAGAUGCCAAGAGGCGGUACCAGCGAAUAUAUGUGAAGUUUCUAGAGAAUGUCAACAAAAAGGAUUACGUCAGAGUUUGCUCUCGAAGACCAUGGCGCAGAGCCGCACCUGCUCUCAGACGGCAGUCCCUCCCCAGAAUGGCAUCCCCAACUGCUACCCAGGCACCACCAAGAGUGGUGGAGAAAGAGGAGCGAGUAGCUCCACUAGUCCAGCGUGAACAGAGGGAGAAAACACGAACGGCAUCCUCAACAACAAAAGAACAUCGAGAGAAGAAAGAGGUUCCAGCUGCUGUGCCAAAAGCCAAGGAGAAAGAAAAAGAGAGGGAACCUGAGAAAGAAAGGGAAAAAGAGAAGCGGGUGCCGUCGCUGGCGCAGGAAAAGGUGGAGAAACGAGUGCCACCACCACAAGCGAAGGUGGACAAGCGAGCGCCCCCACCUCAGGAAAAGGUAGAGAAACGAGUGCCACCUCAGCAGGAGAGAGCAGAGAAGCGGGUACAUUCGCAGCAGGAGAAAGCAGAGAAAAGAUUACAUUCACAGCAGGACAAGGCGGAGAAGCGUGUACAGUUGCAGCAGGAGAAGGUGGAGAAGCGUGGGGGCGCUGCAGAACGUGGUAGAGCCAAGGAAGACAAGAAAGCAUUGGAGAAGAAGGAGAAGGAAAAAACUGAGCGACCACCCAAAUCCAAGCCAGCCAAAGUGAAAGCUGAGCCACCGCCUAAGAAGAGAAAGAAGUGGUUGAAUGUACCUUCAUCAGUACCAUCAUCAUCUGACUCUGACUCAUCUGAGGAGGCUGCUAGUGAAAAUGAAAUGCCAGUGAAGGGCGGAGUGAACAACCGUGCCAUGAGGGAGAUGUUCAGGAGCUACGUGGAGAUGCUAGUGAGCACAGCCCUGGACCCAGACAUGAUCCAAGCUCUGGAAGACACAGACGAUGAGCUCUACCUCCCCCCAAUGAGGAAGAUUGACAGCAUCCUAAGCGAACAGAAGAGAAGGUUGUUGAGGAGAGUCAGCAUGAGCUCUCAACACCAGGAUGUUCUUCACGCUUAUCCACAAAUAAUUAUUGACACCCUAGACACUGGAGUGGUAAGGGUGCGGUUAAGUGGUGAGGCUUACAACCGCAAGACCCUCAACAGAGUCAAGAAGACCCUGCCUAAACCACAGGACCUUAAACUGUCAGCUGAAACAUACCGGAUCUACAGUCUCUACCACUCCCUGCAUCAUUAUAAGUACCACACCUUCUUACAGUGCAAGAAAGAGACCCACACCAUUGAGCAGGCAGCCGAGGACCCGGGCCAAGAGGAAGUGGUUCAGCAGUGCAUGGCUAACCAGAGCUGGCUGGACACCCUCUUCAGUUCUUUCAUCGAGCUGCUCACACUCAGCACCAAAGCCUGAGUCAGACAACUAGAGAGAAUGACAUUGAGUUAAAGAGGAUUUAAAAAAAAAAAAAAAAAAAAGAACGAACAUGGAAGAAAAUGAAUCCCACUGUACAGCCCCCUGACCCUCAUCAGAAAUCCUCAGAUCCAAGGAUGAAUUUUUAAGGCCCUUGACGAACACAGGAGGGUCUGUUGAUGUGACCUCAGACACUGGCCUUUUUUUUUCUCUUUUUUUUUUUUUUUCUUCUUGUUGAUCAGUGACUAAAAUGUCUUACUUUGUGAAAAGGCAACCCCACUGGAUUAGGGGUUACUGGAAGCUAAAGAGGGAAUUUGUAAAAGGGAGAGACAAGAUAGAAGGACAAGAGGAGGAGUCGUAAUACCAAGUGAACGGAGGAGCCACUGACAUCGUCUAACUGUGUGUCAUAAAGACAAUAGUUGAAAGAGAGACUAUUACCGCUUAGUUUUUACAUAAAUUAUUUUUUUGAAAAGACUAACAUCAGCUGUUGGCUUUUGAGAAGAGUGGAAGAGGGUGAGAAUGCUUUUUAAACUGCGUGUAGUGUGCCGUGAGCAGCGUGAUCAUGGACUCGUCCACGGUGGAAACAUGAAAAGUGUUAAUAAAUGCUUUCUCGCUCUGUCAUUCUGUGCUACGUGAGGGGCAGCACCAGUCCGCUGUGCGAUAAUAUAUAAACACAUUUUUAUUAUUUAUAUGAGGUUUUUAACUUAAACUCUCACAAGCGCUGGUUUGCUGCCCUGACAUUUUAAAAUAUCUUUUUAUUUUCCACAGGAUCAGUAUACAAUCAUAACCCACAUAUCCAAGUCGUCUUCCCCUCUCUACAAAAAAAAACAGAUGUUGAGACAGAAAUAUUGUAUUAAAUACAGUGGGUGUAAAAUUUAGGAAAAAAAAAAAGGAUGAAAAAACAAAAAAGAAUGGCUAAAUCUAUUUGAAACGUAACAUUGUUGUGCUUCAGUUCAAUCAUCAGUCAUGCAGGUGCAAAGAAAAAGAACUAUCCUUUCCUGUGUGGGGAAAAGGAGUAUAAAUAGGUAAUAUUUAAAGAGGAAAUAGUCAUUUCAUUUUUAUCAUUUUGAUGUUUGUGCAUACUAUGACUUAUUUUGAAAACAAUCUAAUUUUCCAUGAAAAAGGAAAAUAAAGAUGUGUAAAUACUGUACAGUUCUUGAUGAAAUUCUUUGUCCUGUACAUUAACUCUCCUGUAUUUGAGAAACAAAUAAAAUCUACAAAGAA